AUGGGAAAGAACGACAAAGCUCCGCUUGAUACUUACAUCUCCUCGUGCGACCAAUCCCAUCCCUUGAUCACACAGCUUCAACUACAGUAUCAGCUAACCACCCUACCAUUGACAGUGGGCAAAUCACACAAGUUCAAUGACCGCGACCACGCCGGUCUCGCUGACGGCACUGCCUCUGCAUCUGAACACCUCCCCCGCUACUUCGCCAAGUCAGGUCAUGUCGAUGUCGACCCCAAGAAGACAAAGAAGAAUGGUGCCGGCAAGGGCGGAUGGGGUGUCAAUGGUGAGGAGGUCCAGGACGAAGGCUUCAACCUCACCAAUGCUCGCCGUCGCUCCAAUAGCUCUAGCUAUACUGCCGGCCUGAAGGACUUCAAGACCAAAUUCGAACACGUUGAGCCCGACCCUGUAUUUGAAGAGGACAUCCACGGUGCCAAUCUAGAGGAGCUUCCCCAGACUCGCCGUGUCGACACUAACAGCACCGAAAGCUCUGAGGGUAGCAUUGAUGAGGAUGAUAAGCCGAAAAGCGUUUAA